CUAUCUAUUGGGUUGAUUAGUCACACACAUCUUGAGACACUAACCACAUUAAUUAUCAUUCAAUACAUAAUUUUGGUUCAUCUAGUGUCGUGCACCUAUGGCUACUGAACCCGAAAAGGUUGCUCCGCCAACAGAAGCUCCAGUGGCGGAGCCAGAAAAAGCGGCUCCUCCACCAACAGCUCGGCCCACCGACUACUUUGAGGUGGCUGAUGUGGUGUUAAGGUUGUUAGUGUUUGCUUCGGCACUCGUUUCUGUGGUGGUCAUGUCAACUAGUAAGCAAACCGAAAUAGUCCCAAUACCUAUUCCACCUUACCAAGCACCUCGCUCUGCUAAGUUCAAUCAUUCACCAGCUCUAAUCUAUUUUGUAGCAGCACACUCUGUGGCUGGUUUCUUCAGCAUAAUUACUACACUAGGCUCAUUGUAUUCCCUCAUUAAGCCUGGUUGCUCUGCAAAGAUCAUUUCCCAUUUCAUUGUCAUUGAUGUACUUUUGCUGGGAAUAGUGGCAUCAGCAACCGGAGCAGCAGCAUCAGUGACUUACAUAGGACUAAAAGGCAACACUCAUUCGGGGUGGGGAAAAAUUUGCAGUUUGUAUGACAAGUUCUGCAGAUACCUUGGAGCUUCUGUAGGAGUCUCAUUGUUCGCAACCAUUAUGCUUGUUCUUCUUGUUCUCCUCUCUGUGUAUUCCCUUUCUAAGAAGAUCCCAAAGUGACAAGACAACUAUGGAAACUUGAAUUCUGCAUGUAAAGCAGGAAAAUACCCUUGGUAAAUGUCAGUAUGUGAAAGUGUGUAAUUUAUAAGUACUGUUCAAAUUUGGGUUCUCUGUGUGUUUGACUUUUACUUGUGCAGCUGGUGGAAGUAGACAUUGUCCCAGUUCUUGUAUAUGAAUUCAGUCAAGUGCUUAUAUUGACAUUAAACAGAAAGUUCCCGACUUA